AUGUUUACUAAUAAGUCCUCUUUCGGCUAUUGUAAGAAAAAAUUGUCAAAGGCUAAACGAAAUAUUUCUAAAUUUCGUAGCACCCUAAUUACUAAAAACCAUAAUAAGAAAUAUUUUAGAGUUUUCGAAAACGUUUUACAAACCCCUGGAUGUUCGAAAUUUGUGAAAGAAUUACUGCGGGCAGGUUACAAUCCAAAUUAUAUUAACAGGUGCUGUAAAAAGGCAGCCAUUAACUAUGUCACCGAUUCUCAGGAUCCUGAUAAUUUGAAAGAACUUUUAGCUCUGCCCGGCAUAGAUGUCGAUUACAAAUAUUCAGAAUUAACUCCUCUUAAUCUGCUGGCUAAAAGACUUAACAAUAAAAAUGCGGACAAUAUCAUAAAAUGUAUGAAUAUUUUACUGCAAUACGGAGCCUCGCCCAAUGUUUGCGAUUCCAGCAAAAUGACUCCACUGUGGUAUGUGGUAAAAAAUAAUAAUAUAAAUAAGGAAAUCAAAUAUAGAAUCAUCGAAAUAUUUUUAUCUUUAAACGAUAUUAAAAUGGAUGCCUUACUAGAGGCUGAAUUAAAGAUAUUAUUUGCUCGCUUAGACGAUAAACUAACAUUUGAUUUCCUUUUGAGUUAUAUAGAAAGUGGCCAAAUGGAACUAUUUAAACAGCUGUAUACAGCAAAAGAAGGAUAUAUGAAAAAAGAAGAGAAGUUACAAUUAUUGGUAGAAUCUAUAGAGCGGGAGUGUCAUAAGGCGUUUGAUUUGAUAUUGGAUAGUGGUUUAGACUGUAAUUGCAUCACCUCAGACAAUACAAAUCUGCUGCAAAUUGCCCGUUUUUAUGGCAAUUCACAUGCCCUCAAAAAACUUUUACAACAAAGCAACAUUGUAAUUCAUGCUGAUGACCAACUCUUGAUCCAUGUGGUAGUCAAAUUGUGUGAUAAAACUUUGCUAGAUUCAGCCAACUAUUGGCAAUGUUUUUAUAUAUUAUUGGAUUCUAGUAAAAUCGAUAUAAAUGAUACUGACCCCGAUAAUAAGUACACCGCUCUACACUAUGCCGCCAAAUAUGGCAACAAGAAAGCUGUUAAGGAACUUUUAAAGAGAGGAGCUUGCAUUAGCCUUGAAAAUCAGGAACAAGAACUAGCAUUAUAUUAUAUCAGUCCUUCUCUCUUCGAAGAACAUUUAGAUGAUUGUAUAUCAUCCAGCGAUCAUAAGUUGGACGAUAAAAAUUAUGAAAUAAUAUUGGAUUAUAAAAAUUUUCUUACUUCAUCGCAAAAGAUUAACAAAGAGAUGGAUGAUUAUUUAUUACCCAUACUUUUUUUUACCAGAUACCAGGAUUACCAUUAUCUGCUGCAACAUCCCAUCAUAACCACCCUCUUGAUAUUCAAAUGGCAUAAACAUUUGCAAGUAUUUUUUACUAACUUUGCAUUAUCCGGCCUUUUAACCGUUACUAUGUUCACACGGAUUUGUGUUAAAUUCUGUGAGCUUGAUAAUGAGUGUCUUAAAGAAGUUUCCAUGCUAUUUUCAGAUAUUGCGAUGUUAGGCUUUAGUGCUAGGGAAUGUCUGCAAUUAAUUUUUGCUCCCAUCACGUAUUUGAAAUCAUUUACUAACUAUUUGGAAAUAUUGCUAAUAAUAGUAUCCGUUAUGACAUGUGCCGACAAUAUGGAUUUCGAAGUGCAACGCAAUGCAGCAAUAUGUUGUAUUAUGCUUUUGAACUAUGAGUUGGUGUCUUUAGUGAGCUGUAUACCCAACACUUUUAUCUGUACUAAUUUGCAAAUGUUAAAGGCGGUAUUUAAAACAUUCUUCAGAAGUUUUCUAAUAUACUCCUUUUUUCUAUUCUCAUAUACUUUGUGUUUCUACCUUAAAUAUGGUAAUGUAACUGACAAGAAUAUAGCGGAAAACUCAACCGAAAAGGACUUUAAUAGAUUUUCUAAUCCUUUGGGGGCUUUUACAAAAACCAUUGUUAUGUUUACCGGAGAAUUUGAUGCCGGUAAUUUGGAAUUAGAUACGAUAUUUGCAUAUUUGUUAUUUCUCUCGUUUGUUCUAUUCAGCAUCAUUUUGUACAAUCUACUCAAUGGCCUGGCCGUAAGUGACAUCCAAGCAAUUAGAGAUGAAGCAAAAUUUAACGACAUCAUUGCUCGCAUCGAUGUUCUCUCCCGUUAUGGGAAGCUAGCUAAAAAGCGUCCAUUUUUACGACCUCUUGAUCACUUUUUUAAAAGUUUACGUAUAGAUUUAACUAUCUAUGGUCAAAUCUCAAUUUUGCCCAAUAAAAAAAAUACCGUACCGUUCAAAAAAUUACCGGACGUAAAUGACAUGGAAAGUGCUCAAACUAUUAUGAUAUCACGUAUGAAAAGUAAUGAUAAGGAAGAAAAAUAUUCCAUAACUAAAUUACUAAAUUAUAUAUAUUCAUUAGAGAAUUUAAAAUUAAAUGAACAUUUAAAAUGA